UUGCACAGCAGUUUGUGUCGGCAGAGAACAAUAAGUCACCCGGAACACUUCUGUAUGUUGGCCUGUGUGCAAAGAUGUCUGAGAAGCUGCUGAGCGCGAUCCCCGAUGCAGAUAUAGACCCGGACGGGGUGUUUAAAUACGUGCUGAUCCGGGUCCACAGCACCGCGAAGGGGGAGGACACGCCGAGCAAAGAUAUCGUGAGGGGCUACGCCUGGGCCGAGUACCACGCUGACAUCUAUGAUAAGGUAGCUGCUGAUCUGGAGAAGGGGGGUUCCUUGGACUGCGAGUGCAUCGGAGGCGGCAGGAUCAACCACAACAGCCAGCAGAAGAAGAUCCACGUGUACGGAUACUCCAUGGGAUUUGGUCGAGCAAAUCAUUCUGUUUCCACGGAGAAGCUGAAAUCCCGCUACCCAGACUAUGAAAUCAGCUGGGCAGAUGAGGGCUAUUAACACUGGAUUGAAUUGUGAAGAGGCGGCAUGCAGGCUGGACUCCUUCAGUCCUGAAGUGCAACACAAACUCCUUUUAGCAUUAUUGUUCUGUCCCAGUUUCAAACCCCACGUGAGGGUGCGGACUGUGCUGUUUCUGUCCCCAGUCUCCCCGGCUUAUACAGCGCUGCCAAAGUAUGAAAACAACCCAGUUCUACUGGAAGAUCAACAUAUUUAUUUACAUGUAAGGGAAAUGAAACGUUUCUGUUGGAGUGAGAUUAAAACUCUUAUAUAAACAA